GAAUCGAUGAGGCAAGAAUGUCACAAGGAAUUGUGGACAGGAAGGAUGUUGAGUGGAGUCUCACCUAUAAAAAGAGGACCAGAGAUGCUUUUUACUACAGAGAGAAACAAGACAAGGACAGACGGACAAGGACAGACGGACAAGACCCUUUUGGCUGGAAGAGAGGUAUGUUGCAUUUUGGGGAACUGAAAGCCAUAUUGGAGAGAGUUUGGGAACACGAGAAAAAAAUAUUGGUGGGGUAUCUGGGAUGCGGUUAAAAGAUUCUCACCCUUUUGACAUCAGACUCUGCCUGGGUGUGCAUUUGGCAAAGACUUCGUCUUCCAACAUUAACAUUUCUUCAGCUAUCCCAAGUGGUAAAUUUCAUUUUUCAUCACUCAGACAUGACCCUUCAAGCAGGUGAGUUGGGGCGACGCUGACUUCUGAUGCCGCCAUUUGAAACGAGGAGCUGAGUUCUGGGUGGAGACGUUCCGAUUUAAUUAUUCAGAAUCAGUCGUUUCAAAAUACGGGGUUGAAAAGAGGCGGAAGGAGUUACCUCCUGAAAUGUAAGCCCCUCCUGUGAAACUCCCUGCCACAUGAUAUUUUUAUCGACCAACUAAGAAGGAAACAAGCAGAUAAAUAAAGUACAUGGGGCAUUGAUUCAAGGGGGGGCAUAUCUGGGACGAGGUUAAAAUUGAAAUGAUCCUCUUCCUGUGAAAAAAGACUCUCCCCCUGUUGAUAUCAGACAGUCUUUAUACUUCAUAUAAAAUAUUAGCAUUUGUAUCCCAAGUGGUGGGUUUUGUUUUCAUUGGCUAAUAAUAAUAAUAAUAAUAAUAAUAAUAAUAAAUUUUAUUUAUACUCCGCCCUCCCCAGCCAAGACCAGGCUCAGGGCAGCUAACAACCAAUAAUAAAAACAAGUUGAUUAAAAUACAACUUAAAAAACAAGAUUAAAAUACAACAUUAAAAGGCUCAGAAACAAGCCUUUAAGCAGGGGAGUGGGGGCUAUGCUGAAUUUUGACGCCGGCGUUUGAAACGACGAGCCCAAUUCUGCGACAGAGGCAGAAUUUGUUUGUUUCCGUUAUUCAGAACCGGCUGUUUCAAAAGAGGAGGUUGAAAAGAGGCGAAAUGAAUAUCGCCCCAGUUGUCCACAUGCUAUAAGCGGAAAUCAUUAGGCAAUGGAGUGGAAGUAUUCCUUCUCCUUAAAUGCACAAACCAACUGUGGAACUCCUUGCCACAAGAAAUUCCAGUGGCCCACUAGCAAAAUAAGUGAAAUCGACAGGGAUGAUUUCUAGAGGGGGCGAACUGGCUUUCCACUUUUCUCGCUGUAAAGAUGAAUGAGUCCUACGGGGGGGAAAGCAAAUAUUGAGUGACGACGCUUUGGUCUCCUAGGUAGAGAUGCUUCACCUGUGGGUGGUGGCCCUGACCGGGCUGGUCUUCCUGACACCCCUCGUCGCAGCGCAGGAUCCUGCCCUCAACAAUGCCUGGAAUCUCUGGCAAAGAACCCAUCCGAGAAUAUAUGCCAAGGUGAGUUUUGCUCCCUGCUUCUGUGUCGAAACUUAUGCAACCUGAGCCGUGUUCUCCUGAGCGUGUACAGAGUACCAUUUUGGGAACCACGUUACGGUAACUAAGUAUUUGCACCGGAUUUGAAAUUUUGGAGUCCCAAAAGUCCCGCUGGCUUCAACAAGGCGACCGCUCUGGGUUCUAUAGGGAGUGCAGCCCAUAGGCAGAAAGAUGCCCUUUGCAGUAGCCAGGAAAGGGGUCUCAAAGGGAACUCUCUGCCUUCCAACACAAGGCGGGCUCGAGGUCACAAAAAAACUGCGCAUGCUCAGAGGCACUCGCUUCUCCAGUCCUACUGCAUCCCAGCGCAGACAAAUCCUGGCUAUUUCCUGGCGCUCAGUUCCCGUGGCCAACUGGUGGUGGCUUUCAAGCCGGGGAGGGGGGUGGAUGAAUGAAUCUUGAUUUGCGUCAGCCAUUGGCCAUAGCAAAUUCUGAUUGUCCCAGCUAAAAGCCUUGCCACCUUUGCUAUCACCUGCUCAUCUGGAUCUGCCAAGAGAAAGGACACUUUCUUCUUUCUUUCUUUCUUUCUUUCUUUCUCUCUCUCUCUCUCUCUCUCUCUCUCUCUCUCUCUCUUUCUCUCUCUCCUUCACUCUCUUUCUCACUUUCUCUUUCUCUCUCUCUCUCUCUCUUUCUCUUUCUUUCUCUCUCUCUUCUCCAUCUCUCUCUCUCUUCCUCUUCCUCUCUCUCUCUCUUUCUCUGUCUUUCUCUCUCUCUUCUCCAUCUCUCUCUCUCCUCUUCCUCUCUCUCUCUCUUUCUCUGUCUUUCUCUCUCUCUCCUCCAUCUCUUUCUCUCCCCCCCCCCAUCUUGAUCUGCCAAGAGAAAGGUCACUGGGGUAGUGGCUGGGUGACCCAGAAUGGGCGAUAAAAGAGGGGUGAUAAUCUCAUUCCUCAAGUCUUUAUCAAGAGGGCAAGCCAGAAGGGCAUGUGCCACCGAUUCGGGACGGCCGUCUCCGCAGGGGCGUUUUUCGUGCGGCACCUGUUGGCAUCGUCCCUCAAGUCCAGCCAAGGGCAAGACAUUCAAUCUUGCAAGAGUCAAAGCGCGUCUGUAUUUUAGAAUUGCCCAGUUAUGCAGAGAGGGUGCCAGAGAGUCAAAAUGGGAAGGUGGAAAAUAGUCACACCAUGGGCAAAAUCUCCAAGUUGUUCCGACGCUCGAUAUCAUUUAGGCGCUGACAAAUUAGACGGUUUGCUUUACUAACACACACACACACCCCGGCGGGGGGUCGUAUAUGAUGUGCAGCCUUAACAAUUUCGUCUUCUCACCAGGGGGAAGAGUAUCUCCGCAGAAGUUUGUGGGAGAGCAACCUGAAAAAGAUUGAACAGCACAACCGCGAGGCCGCCCAGGGAAAACACACUUAUCGGCUGGCAAUGAACCGGUUUGGGGACUGGGUAAGGAAACACAUAUCGUGGGAACUGCGGGCGGCUAAUUCUCCCUCGGCCCAAACUGGCUGUGCCCUGACUCUGACAUUCUGCCUGUCUUCUGCUCCAGUUUUCAAUCAGUCGACUUCUACACACCUCCAUUCUCUCAGGGACUAGGACUUCCCUUGAUCUGGACACUAGACUUCUGUUGAUGCAGCCUAGAAUAGCAAUAGCUUUUUUUGCAUUAUUAUUAUUAUUAUUAUUAUUAUUAUUAUAUAUAUAUAUAUAUAUAUUUAUGAUCUGUGAUAUUGUGUGUGUUGACGCUGGUCUGUGACCGUAUUAAUAAAUUCAUUCAUUCAUUCAUUCAUUCAUUCAUUCAUACCCUGCCCAUCUGGCUGGGUUUUCCCAGCCACUCUGGGCGGCUCCCAACAGAACACUAAAAACAAAAUAAGAACUUCAGGCAUUAAAAGCUUCCCUAAACAGGGCUGCCUUCAGAUGUUGAUCACAACAAAAAAACGAUGCAGCCAUUCUCAGAGUGAAGGCUCUUCCAAUUAAGCUUCCCUUUUUAAUUUUUUUUAAUUGCAAAACAGUUUACAUAAAACAGCAAAGGCAAAAAAAAGAACAGUAUGUCAAUAACAACUACACACACACACACACACACACACUAACAACAAAUCUUCUAACUUCACAGACACUUUUGACUUCCGAUUCACCUUAUUGUGCUUUCCACAUAUUCUUAGCCUAUACGCACUUCCUGUUAUAUCUAUUGCAUAUCACGAAGAAAUUUCUAAGUUUCUAGCAUUCCUUAAUAGCCAAGAUUCAAUCUGAACCUGUCAGGAGAUCUGCAUUUUCGCAAUAUCGUUUUAUAUAUUGUCCAUUCUUUACUCACUUUCUGAUUUAUGUUUCCUCUUAUUCUCCCAGUCGUUUUUGCAAGUUCCCAGUAUUCUAUUCUGCCGGUCAAACUUUGUGGGAAUUAAGUCACCUUUCCAGUUUUUUGCUGUUAGGAUUCUAGCCGCCACAGUCGCGUACACAAAGAUGGUUCUAUAAAAUUUUUGUCUUUCAAUCGACAUGAUGCCUAACAGAAAGGCUUCGGGGGGAGGGGGGUUUCGAAGGAGAAUUUUAAAAUCUUUUAAAGUUGAUUGUAUAUUAUAUCGCAGAAUUCUCGUAUCCUUCCCCCCGGGUCACCUCUGCCAGUUAUCUCUCUCUUUCUGUUCUUCUCCUCCUAGCUGUUCCCAACUCAGCUCUACCGAGCUGUUGCUUUCUGAACUAUGCCCCUCUGCAAACCAAGUCUCUAAAUCUAUACUGCUCCACUUUUCCUGGGCAGCUUCCGGAACCUGGUCAGGAGCAGGGAAAGGGAGGGGUUCCUAUAAUUCCUCGCCAGACCUGUAAUCCUCAGUCUGGUCUCUGACACAUGUCAUAUCUUGCUCACUGUAGCGGGUCGAGGGUUAGGAUUGCACCCCAAAACUUCCAGCACAGCCAGGCGACAUGUCCACUAAGGGCCCGACUGGCUCAUUGCUUGAUCUGUGACACAGGAGGAGUUCGGGGACGACGACACACAACUCCUGAUGAUUUUGCGCUGAUGACUUUGGUCUCCUCCCCAGACCGACGGAGAGUUCAAGCAGAAGAUGACCGGAUUUCGAUUUAACCAGACCAGACGACGCAAUGACAACGCAGAAUUCUUCAGAAAACUCUCUGAACGGCAGUCUCCCGAUUUUGUGGACUGGCGCAGAAAAGGUUACGUGACCCCAGUGAAAGACCAGGUGGGUUGAAGGCUACAGGUGAAGAUUCAGAUGUCCACGUCAGAGGCUUGCAGUUUGCUACUGCGAUCAGAAUUGUGUUUAUUUGCUUGUUUCUAAAGUUUAAUGGAUUGGUUUUCAAAAGUAGAAAUGUCUGCAGCUUCCCCUGCCCCAUUUAUUGACAUACAUAUAUAUAUCUAUUACAGUCGUACCUCGGAAGUUGAACGGAAUCCGUUCCGGAAGUCCGUCCGACUUCCAAAACGUUCGGAAACCAAGGCGCGGCUUCUGAUUGGCUGCAGGGAGCUCCUGCAGCCAAUCAGAAGCUGUGUUGGACGUUCGGGUUCCAAAGAAAAUUUGCAAACCAGAACACUCACUUCUGGGUUUGCGGCGUUCAGGAGCCAAAACGUUCGACUCGCAAGGCAACUGUAUGUAUAAUCUUCUUUUUGUCAGAACUUGACAAAACUUGGGGCAAUCAGAAUAAGAUUCACUAUUUGACCAUUGAUUCAAAGCCCUAAAAUGUAUUUUAUACAAUUGACUUUUCAUUUCUCUUCUUUGUAUAUUGUAUUGUUGUUUUAUUGUUAUGGCCGACGGCUGAUGCAAAUCAAGAUUCGCUCGUUCGUUUGUUCGUUCGUUCGUUCAUACUGCCCUCCCCACUCUCACCCCCAAGACCUCCUUCUGGAAAUGGUGGUAUUUCAUUUUCAACGUCCGCAUUUGACACCCAACGGUCCCUCUCCAUUUAUUUCCCUGCAGGGCGACUGUGGCAGCUGCUGGGCGUUCAGUGCCACAGGAGCGCUGGAAGCCCUGCACUUCAAAAAGACGAAGCAGCUGGUGUCUCUGAGCGAGCAAAACCUCAUAGACUGCUCCAGGAAAGAGGGAAACGAGGGCUGCCGCGGAGGCUACCCGAGCCAUGCCUUUGAAUACGUGAAGCGAAAAGGCAUCAACUCUGAGCACUCCUAUCCCUACGAGGCGGAGGUAAAUAACGCAGGCAAGGCCUGCCACUUUUGCAAUCACGGGCGCAAGGUUAAAGAAAACCUUAUUUCCUCCACCUUUCCUUUCUCCUCCCCUUCCUUCCUGUUUUCCUCGUUUCUAUCCUAAAGCCAUGUCCCAGUGAAACAGCCGUGCCUAUUCACUGUUGAACCGUAUACGGCGGAACCUCGGUUUUCGAACGUAACCCGGAAACGGAAGACCGUUUGGCUUCCGAGACGUUUGAAAACCAAAAACGGUUGUAGGUUUGCGAGAAGUUUUGUAAGGUGGACUAUUUGAAAUAUUGCCAAAAAAAGGUAACGAGGGGGACUGUUAGUUAAGAUAGUUAAAGGCAAUAGGAAUCUAAGAAAUGCAGAAUAAGUGAUAAGAACGGAGGAUCAUCAGAAGGGCUGGUGGAAGUCCAAAAAGAUUGUAUAAGAAGUGAGAUUCCAGCACUGAUUUGAACUCAUUUUGUACAUUUCUGCAAUUCUACUCGGUGUUAGAUACCAAUGACACGUCAUUUUCCUAUAGUUUUCUUUCAGCGAACAGCAGGCAGCCCAUUUCCUCUCCUCUUUCCAUCACUUUUCCCAAGAUGGAAGUUGGAUAUUAUACCCCAAAUCUCUAGCCCAAUGUAUCACCACUGCCUUGACUUCUGGGCAAAAGGUUCCUGCGUUGCAAGGAUCCUUUCUCUAUCUCUCCUGCGCCGUUCGGAUAGAGAACGUUGCCAAUUUAUAAAAGAGUUUAAGCCUUUUUCGUUGUCUGUUUGCAGAAUGGAGCCUGUCGUUUCAAGAAAUGGGACAUUGCAGCAAGAUGCAAGGGCUUCGUAAACAUUCCAGCAGGGAAUGAGAAGGUUCUGGAAAAAGCAGUGGCGUUUGAGGGCCCGGUUUCUGUUGGAGUAAACACUUUUGACUUCCGGUUUUACAGUCACGGUAAGGUCCCCUUUUGGGAAACGAUGAGACUGUUGUUGCUGCAAUGGAGAAGUAAACUAUUGGGUAGCUUUGGAAGCAGAGUAGUCAUCUAUGCAGGAGAUUUUGGGGAAUAUUGUGUAUUCCAGCCAACUACGGCCACACAAAGGGAAUUUGCUCCAGCUCUCUUUUAAAUCAGAACCAAUGAAGGUGGUGAAGGUCCUGUGUGAGUGUCUGGAGAGGGUUGGAGGAUGGAUGGCGGCUAACAGAUUGAGGUUGAAUCCUGACAAGACAGAAGGACUGUUUUUGGGGGGACAGGGGGUGGGCGGGUGGGGGGACAGGGGCCGGGUGGGUGUGGGGACUCCCUGGUCCUGAAUGGGGUAACUGUGCCCCUGAAGGACCAGGUGCACAGCCUGGGAGUCAUUUUGGACUCACAGCUGUCCAUGGAGGAGCAGGUCAAUUCUGUGUCCAGGGCAGCUCCAUCUGGUAUGCAGGAUGAGACCCUCCCUGCCCACAGACUGUCUGGCCAGAGUGGUGCAUGCUCUGGUUAUCUCCCGCUUGGACUACUGCCAUGCGUUCUACGUGGGGCUACCUUUGAAGGUGACCCGGAAACUACAACUAAUCCAGAAUGUGGCAACCAGACUGGGGACUGGGAGCAGCCACCGAGACCAUAUAACACUGGUCCUGAAAGGCUCACAUCGGCUCCCAGGACGUUUCCAAACAUAAUUCAAAGUGUUGGUGCUGACCUUGAAAGCCCUAAACGGCCCAGUAGACCUGAAGGAGCGUCUCCACCCCGGACACUGGGGUCCAUCUCCUGAGGGCCUUCCGGCGGUUCCCUCCCUGCUGGAACAGACACUUGUUCCACAACGUGCCAGAGCUAUGUUCUCUGUUUUUCCUCCUCUGCCAGGAAUCUACAAUAACCGCCAAUGCGGCGACCACCUAGACCAUGCGAUGCUGGCCGUUGGCUACGGGUUCAAGAGACAUCAAGGCCAGAGACUGGUUGACUACUGGAUCCUAAAGAACAGGUGAGAAAGAGGGGCUUGAGGCUCCCCACAAGGUCUGGGGGACAGCGGACCGGCCCCCUGCUGAAAAAGUUUGCUGGCCCCUGCUUAGAGGCUCUCACCAUCUCUCAAUUCCUAUUUCCCUCCCUCAGCUGGGGCUCGGAUUGGGGUGAACAUGGCUACAUGAAGAUGCAGAAAGGAGUCAACCUCUGCGGAAUAGCAGAGGAUGCAAGUUAUCCCUUCUAACCAGCCGUCGUUUCCUCGUCUACUGGAUCCAUGCAGUUUGCACCAGCGAAACCUCAGCAUUUAUCGAGCCCCUUCCUUCCUCCUUUCUCCUCCUUUCUCCUUCCUUCCUUCCUUUCUCUUCCUUCCUCCUCCUCCUUUCUCCUUCCUUCCUUCCUUCCUUCCUUCCUUCCUUUCUUCCUUCCUUUCUCCUCCUCCUCCUUUCUCCGUGGCUUCCGGACAGAGCAAAAAAAAUCAAGUUCUCCAAUCCAACUCCGUAGGCUGCAUGUCAAGUUUUCAAAUUUGGUUCUUUUCAAAACAAUAAAAACCAUGUAUUUGUGCACUUUG